GUCUCAUUAUGAGUGCCUGUACAGUAUGAUAGUGUCUGUGGCAUUGAGAAAUCAACUGAUUCAUUUUGUGAAAUGAAAGCCUGAUUAAUGGCUGAUGUUUUCUGCUCCCCACAGAUUUUACAACAACCAGCUAAAGUGGCCGCUGACAACAAGCCAGUGAACCUGAGCUUCUUUCUCACAGUAGGCCAGGUUGGCCUAAAUUUAGAGAAGUCUGUGGCUGCUGGCCUGGAUGUGGGAGGAACGCAAUCCACUGCCUAUAACUUUGCUUCAAAAAGGACAAAAGAGGACCGCCACACCUUCAGCACACACAGGGUCACCUGCAACCAUUAUGGUUACCGAGUAUCAGACAGAGCGCCUCUCAGCUCUGAGUUCAGCUCGGCUGUAGCUAAGCUACCAGGUUUCUACAACAGCUCCACCAGAGCUCAGUACAGUCAGCUCAUACACACCUAUGGCACACACUACAUCCGCCAGGUUAACCUUGGUGGUCGACUGAGGCGAGUCACAGCUGCACGAACCUGUCUGUCCUCCCUGAAUGGACUGUCCUCAAAUGAGGUCCACUCCUGUUUGUCACUGGGUUUCUCUGUCGGCUUGGGAAAGAGCCAACUAUCUGGUAACAGAGACUCUUGCAACAAGGUCCUUCAAAACCAGGGUCUCUCUGUUACAUACAGCUCUGGACUCCACCAACACUACACAGAGGUGGUAGGAGGCAAUGGUUGGUUGGGAGAGUUUGCACUCACACGUAAUGACUCCCUUGGUUUUCUAACUUGGCUGAAGACACUGAAGGAUCACCCAGAUGUUGUUUCCUACUCCCUUCGGCCAAUCUACGAGCUGAUGACAAAUGAUACGCAAAAGACAGGGAUGAAAGCUGCCAUUGAGCAGUACUUAGAGGACAAUGCUGUGAAAAAAUCACCCAAUGAGCCAAACUGUGGUUCAAACAUUCCUAAUCUGGCUUCCAACUGCUGUCCUCUGCAAGCCUGGAGGGGGACGCUAAGGGUUACCAUUGUGCGAGCCUAG